AUGCUUCAUGCUGAAAAUAGAGUAAGGCUCUUGGAAUGUCAGGAUGAAAUCAAAAUUGAACCAUGUUCUAAAAGAAUGAAGUCAACAGAAGGGUCUUAUGAGAAACUCUGUGAUGAUGAUUUCCAAGGUUUUCAGGAGGAAGUGACUGCUGAGAGAACAUCAAGUGGUUGGGUAUCAGCAUAUGCCUCAGAUAACCAAGGGCAGCAUGAAAUGCAGAAGCAAGAGAUUAUACCUGCUGGUGUCUUGGGAGCAUUGAAUGAAGUUCUCCCUGAAAAUAAUCUAGUGCUUAGUCAGCCAUUUGAUUCAGAAUCUCUGCAGAGUGUGAAUCUUCCAUUUGCAUCAAUAAAUGACCCUAAAGUUGAAGACAAUAAAGAGCCUUUUAUUACAAAUAAUUCUGGUGAAGAUAAUACUAAAAAUAGCAGUACAUCAUGCUCAGUAAAUAGAAAUGCAUCAGAUGAAGAUUUUUUUACGAGCAAAGAAUUUAUAGGGCCUAUUUACAAGCCUGUGGAAAAUAACAAACAGGACAAAUCUGGCAGUUGCGGUGAAUGUAGAAGCAGUGGGGAAGAGGAAUUACAUGAGAACAGACCUAAAAGAAAGGAGGCAAAGAAGACAGAGGCUAUUUCUGCCACUGUACCAGAAAUAGAUGAUGAACUGGACCAGUUUUAUAAAGAAAUUCACCAGCUGGAAAAUGAAAAUUUAGAUGCUGAUCUUCAGGAAAAGGAAACUGAAAUUCCUCAGGAAGAACACUCUCUAUAUAACUGUAGUCAAAGUUCUCAAGAGGAUUAUCAGCAUGUAUUGUUGGGCAGCCCACAGCCAUUUUAUGAGAAUGGACAGUGUUAUUGGGGGGAACAGAACAAUCAGAGAACAAGCAAUGAGCAGCAGUUUGUGGUGGAAACAGGUGCCUGGAAAACUGAAAGUACCUUUCAUGGCCAAGAAAAUUCUACAUACUGGAACUGCUCAGUGCCUGAAUUCAGACCUGCUUGGCAAACAAGAGAGUCUUUCACAGUACCUCAGGGACCUCUUCCUCUUAGAUACAGUCAUCAAUCACAUUUUCAGAUACUUAAUUCCCUACCACAAAAAACAAAUGCUCUCCCUUCUCAGAAAGGGGAACUUUCUUUUGAAAAUUAUCAUAGUUACUGUGGAAAUUCUGAUACGAACAGUCACGGUUCAUUGCUUGAUCAAAAUAUCAGCUAUGCCGGUCAUACUGACAUCCAUACUCACAGUGGCAUCCAUACUGCUCAGGUCUUCAGAAGUGGAAAUAAUGACCAGAGUGGACUCCAGAAUAAUGGUUUCUGUGAAACCAGAAGAGAGUGCUGGAAGGAUCCAAAAGGUGGCAAUACAGAAGGAAUGCACAGCUUUUCUUCCUUGCAGUUACCUGAAGAAAGAUUCAGUUGUUCAACAAAAUUGCUUAUACUUUUAAGAGGCCUACCUGGUUCAGGGAAAUCUACACUUGCUCGUAUUCUGCUUGGUCAAAGCAGUGAUGGCAUUGUAUUCAGCACCGAUGAUUAUUUUCGGCAGCAAGAUGGAUACACAUACAAUGCUGCUCAGCUUGGUGAUGCCCAUGAGUGGAACCAGAAGAGAGCGAAACAAGCUAUGGAGCAUGGAAAAUCUCCAGUUAUAAUAGACAACACCAAUACUCAAGCCUGGGAAAUGAAGCCAUAUGUGGAAGUGGCUCUAGAAAAAGGAUACAGAGUGGAAUUCCAUGAGCCAGAUACUUGGUGGAAGUUUGAUCCUGAAGAAUUAGAAAAGAGGAAUAAACAUGGGGUCACUCGUGAGAAGAUUGCUCAGAUGUUGGAACGAUAUGAAUAUCAAAUAUCCAUACCUACUGUCAUGAAUUCAGUACCACCUCCCCACAAAAGUGCUCAAAGGCCACCUCUGCAGCGAAGACAUAGGUGGGGAGGCAAUACAGACUCAUGGAAUUCUUUCAGUAUUUCCAGUAGCUGGUAACACAGUUGCAGUCAGUUAAUAAGAACCUGUUCUAAAACACAUCAUCACCUCCAAUAAAGUAGUGGACGUUCUGUGUUUUAAAUAGGCCUAUUUCAAGACCAUUUCCUUCUGGAGGUUGUUCUUUUAAUGGACUUGCAUGUAAAUGAAAUUGUACAUUUAAUGUUUUUUAAAACUAUAUUUAUUACUGUUGUAAGACCUUUGAUUUUUUUAGUAAAAUAUU